CUAUUAGAACACGUAGUCAGUCUUGCUCUUUCUUGGCUUUCCCUUCCGAGAAAUGCAUUGCUGAGUACAAAUGGCGUAUCUUCUCCCCCAUUGAUUCCGACACUGCUUCCCUAGGGUUUCCUGUGAUAUCGCGCCCAAAAUUGAUUGAUCUCUCGGCUUCUACUUUGCUCUGGAUGAGAAAUUCUCGGGCUAUGAACCGCGAUUUCGAUGAAAUCUCCGAGGAGGAGUGGUCCCAGUACUCCUUCAACCCCUCUCGAGUGCUCAAGCGGCCACGAACACCGAACAGCACGCGAUCGGAGAAUCCGCCACCUUCUAUUGAAUCGUUCACGUUCAAGAGAUCGCUAGCGGCGCCGGAGAACAGCGGCGAUUGCGUUGAGGUGCAGAACUUGGGAGAUUCGGAUUCGGAGGAGAAGAACACGAAUGGGGAGGAUAUUUUGUUAGAGGACGAGGAGUUAGAGGUGGUGACUCGAGCCGGUCGCGCUGGUCGGCGGUUUGUGGUGGAAGACGAGGAAGUGAGCGACGACGGUUUUGAUAACGAGAUUGAGCUCAAUUCCAGCGAGGAAGAAGCUGACGGAGGAGGAGAUGAUGAUGUUGUUGGGAAGGCACUGCAGAAGUGCGCCAAAAUCUCGGCGGAUCUUCGGAAGGAGCUCUACGGUAGUUCUUCAGGGACUACAACUUGUGAAAGGUACUCUGAAGUGGAAGCUUCUACCGUGAGGAUCGUCACACAGACAGAUAUUGAUGAAGCCUGUUGGACUGAAGAUUCUGAUUUUCAGCCUCUACUCAAGCCAUACCAGUUGGUUGGUGUUAAUUUUCUUCUUCUGUUGUACAAGAAGGGCAUUGGGGGAGCAAUUCUGGCCGAUGAGAUGGGUCUUGGGAAGACCAUUCAGGCGAUUACAUAUUUGACCCUUCUAAAGCACUUGAAUGAUGACCCUGGCCCCCAUUUGGUUGUAUGUCCUGCCUCUGUCUUGGAAAACUGGGAGAGAGAACUCAAAAGAUGGUGUCCCUCAUUUUCUGUGCUCCAAUAUCAUGGGGCUGCUCGAGCAGCCUAUUCUAAAGAAUUGAGUUCUUUGUCAAAAGCUGGAAAGCCGCCGCCAUUUAACGUGCUUCUUGUGUGUUAUUCACUAUUUGAACGUCAUAGUGAACAACAGAAAGAUGACCGUAAAAUACUGAAGCGUUGGUGCUGGAGCUGUGUAUUAAUGGAUGAAGCCCAUGCUUUGAAGGAUAAGAACAGUUAUAGGUGGAAAAACUUGAUGUCUGUGGCCAAAAACGCAAAUCAGCGUCUGAUGCUGACAGGAACGCCUUUACAAAAUGAUUUGCAUGAAUUAUGGUCGUUGUUGGAGUUCAUGUUACCCGAUAUCUUUUCUACGGAAGACGUUGACUUGAAGAAACUCUUGAAUGCAGAAGAUACUGAGUUGAUAAUUCGCAUGAAAUCUAUCCUAGGUCCCUUCAUCUUGAGGCGUUUAAAAUCUGAUGUCAUGCAGCAACUUGUUCCAAAGAUUCAACGGGUUGAGUAUGUAUCUAUGGAUAAACAGCAGGAGGCUGCAUAUAAAGAAGCAAUAGAAGAAUAUCGAGCUGCUUCUCAAGCACGACUUUCGAAGCUUUCUUCAAAAGACUUGAAUUCUAUUGCAAAGGCUCUCCCAAAGCGUCAGAUUUCAAAUUAUUUUACUCAAUUUCGGAAGAUAGCAAAUCAUCCAUUGUUAAUUAGACGGAUAUACAGUGAUGCGGAUGUAGUCCGCAUUGCUAAGAAGUUACAUCCAGUUGGUGCAUUUGGAUUUGAGUGUUCCUUGGAAAGAGUAAUCGACGAAAUUAAGAGCUACAAUGAUUUCAAUAUCCACAGGCUCUUGUUCCAAUUUGAUGUUACUGAUUCCAAAGGAACCCUCUCAGACGAGCAUGCUAUGCUCUCAGCAAAAUGCCGGGCAUUGGCUGAAUUUCUCCCAUCGCUGAAAAAAGACGGCCAUCGAGCUCUAAUUUUCAGCCAGUGGACGUCAAUGCUCGAUAUCCUAGAGUGGACUCUUGAUGUUAUUGGUGUCACGUAUAGAAGACUCGACGGCAGUACACAAGUCACAGACAGACAAAGCAUAGUAGACACGUUCAACAACGACAGAUCAAUAUUUGCAUGUCUGUUGUCGACAAGAGCAGGGGGACAAGGUCUGAACUUGACAGGAGCCGAUACGGUCAUCAUUCACGACAUGGAUUUCAACCCACAAAUAGACAGGCAAGCUGAAGACAGAUGCCAUCGCAUCGGCCAAUCAAAGCCCGUCAGUAUCUACAGGCUGGUGACGAAAGGAACGGUGGACGAGAACAUUUACGAGAUUGCGAAGCGGAAACUGGUUCUGGACGCGGCGGUUCUUGAGUCGGGAGUGGACCUAGAUAACGGCGGAGACACGCCUGAGAAAACUAUGGGUGAAAUUCUUUCCUCCCUUCUUAUGGGCUAAAAGGAUUCAUGUGUCAUCAUCAUUACAGCUUUUCAGGGGGCUAUAUCAAUGAGAAACUCAAUUCCAUGAAAUGGACGUAAAAACAGAUGAAAACGAAGCAAUGCUAACCUACAGAUUAUUAUAUAUAAGAUCAAUCAUCAAUUCAUCUCUUUUGUUCUAACGACUAUAAUUAUCCACCUUUCCUCUACUCUUCAUGCUACUGUUUUCUGUAUGGUCAUACGUAUGUAUCCAUGCAUGCAUGUACUUGUUUUUAUGUAGUUUGUUAUCUAUCUUGUACCUUGGGUUGCA